AUGGAAUUGGUUUCUGGACAAAUUUCCUACAGUGUGUCUGAGGAAGUGAAACCUGGGACUACAGUCGGAAAUUUAGCUAAGGAUAUGAAUCUCUCAUUAAAAGAGCUCGCCUCGCGAGGUCUUCGCAUAGUUUCGGGCUCCAAGAAGCAGUAUUUCAGCGUGAAUAGUGAGACUGGCACUCUUCAAGUGCAUGAGCGGAUUGACCGAGAGGAGCUUUGUUUCGCCACGGCCUCUUGUUCUGUUAAUUUGGAGGCCGUGGUUAACAGCCCACUCCAGCUUUACCGGGUAAGAAUAAAUAUAGUAGAUAUUAACGACAAUUCCCCGGUGUUUCCCGUUAGCUCCUCAUUUAUUAAUAUUAGUGAGAGCACGGCGCCAGGUGUAAGGUUUCCUUUGGAGACCGCGCACGACGCGGAUAUAGGAGCGAAUUCUUUGAAAACUUACAAGCUCAGCCCGAACGAUUUUUUUAGUUUAGAUGUCCAGACCCACAGCGAUAAAACAAUGUCUGCUGAAUUGGUGCUACAGAAAGGCCUGGACAGGGAAAAAAACCCUCACAUUGGUCUCGUAGUCACCGCUCUUGAUGGUGGUUCACCGGCACGGACAGGGACUUUGCAAAUAGCGGUAAACGUAUUAGACAUUAAUGAUAAUGCACCUGCUUUUGCAAAAUCGCUGUACAAAGUCUCAAUACCUGAACAUACGCCUAUCGGCGCUAUAUUGAUACGCAUCCAAGCCAAAGAUUUAGACGAAGGUUUAAAUGGACAGAUUGUGUAUUCGUUUAGUAGUCGAACACCACAGUACAUACUAGAUCGAUUUGAAAUAGACGCCCUCACUGGAGAAGUGAAAGUAAAGGGGGAUAUUGAUUUCGAAGAGUACAAGGCUUUUGAGAUACGUGUUCAGGCCACGGAUAAAGGUCAGGUGACCAUGUCGGGGCAUUGCAAGUUGUUAGUCGAGGUCUUAGAUAUAAAUGACAAUGCACCGGAGGUGACUGUGACAUCGCUAGUCAGUCCUGUUGAAGAGAACGCUGGAAAGGGCAUGGUUAUAGCGCUAAUGACAGUAUCAGACCCAGACUCGAGCAAGAAUGGAGCUGUCCAUUGUCGCCUUUUGGGACCCAGUCCUUUCAAAUUGCAGUCAUCAUUUCAGAACUACUAUUCAUUAAGUUUAGAAGGGAGGCUUGAUCGUGAAAAGGUUUCAGAGUAUAACAUCACCAUUGUAGCAGAAGACGAAGGAACGCCGCAAAUGUCUAGUGAAAAAACGAUAAAUGUGCGAGUUGCCGACGUGAAUGACAAUGCGCCACGAUUCCCAAACCCCACAGAACAGGCUUACCUGCGUGAAAACAGCAAAGUAGGUUCUGUAGUAUACACCUUGUCUGCGUCUGAUGAUGACGUAAUGGAAAAUGCUCAAAUAACGUAUUCAUUACCUCAGAGCACAAUCAACGGCACUCCCAUUACAUCUCUUUUUAACGUGAAUGAAUUAAAUGGCGAAAUUCGAAACCUUCGGUCUUUUGACUAUGAGGAAAUUAAAUCGUUUGAAUUUAAAGUUCAGGCCACAGACUCUGGUGUUCCUCCAUUGAGCAGCAAUGUGACCGUGAACGUUUUUAUCCUGGAUGAGAAUGAUAACAGUCCCAGUAUUCUCCCACCCUAUUCAGAGCACGGUUCAGUUAACACCGAAAACAUUCCCAGUUCUGCUGAAGCGGGCUACUUCGUGGCCAAGAUCAGGGCUGUAGACGCCGACUCUGGUUAUAAUGCGUUGCUUUCUUAUCACAUCUCAGAACCCAAAGGAAACAGUCUGUUCCGAAUCGGAACUAACAGCGGGGAAAUCAGGACCAAGAGGCGAAUGAGUGACAAUGAUCUGAAAACUCACCCACUGGUGAUUCUGGUUUGCGAUAAUGGAGAGCCCUCACUAUCAACGACUGUGUCUAUUGAUGUUGUGGUUGUUGAAAACACAGGUGACAUUCAGACUCCAUUCAGACACCUGCCCACAAAGGAGGAGGGUUUUUCUGAUUUGAAUCUGUAUUUGCUGAUCGCCAUUGUGUCUGUGUCCGCGAUCUUUUUACUGAGCCUCAUUAUUAUGAUGGUUGUAAAAUGCCGCAGGACAGGCGGAAGUUUAAGUAGGUAUAGCGCUCCAGUGAUCACCACACACCCCGACGGGAGCUGGUCUUACUCCAAAUCGACUCAGCAAUAUGAUGUGUGUUUUAGCUCAGACACACUGAAGAGUGACGUAGUGGUUUUCCCAGCACCAUUUCCGCCUGCAGAUGCAGAACUGAUCAGUAUUAAUGGAGGGGACACAUUUAACUUCACACAAACUCUUCCUAAUAAAGAGAAGGUAAGAUACUUGGAUUCAUCAUCUGCUUUAAGUUUCAUUUACUGCUUUCGUUUCCCGAUGCUCUCUUUUACCAAGACACAGACACUCCCUAACAAAGGGAAGGUGUGGGUAAUCGAUUCAGAGUGA